AUGCCGUUCCGGGACCGCGACUGGGAGAAUUAUCUACGGGAGUGUGAAUGUUUUCCUGCAUACACCGACUACAUUUUCGGCGUUGAUACCCGUCCAGAGGUCGACGAUGAGCCAGGUUCCGACUCGCAGCUUUUGCCGCAGUUCCUACCGCAGCCUCUGCCGCAACGCUUGUAUGACUUGCCUCUGUCUGCGCAGAACCCUAUCGCGUACAAUUCAGCGCGCGAUUCACCUCGGUCUCGUCUCAGCACCAUGCCUAAUUUACAGCACGCAUCGAUGCCAAGGCAAGAAUCGUCUUUCGAGUCGAGGCCGCCUACGCCGUGUCCAGCACCACACGAUUUGCCUACUGCAGGCUCACAGGAGAAGCUGCUUCGCCCAAGUGAGCUUAUCGCCGAUCCUGCAUACUCCUUCAUCUCACAACAGCGGCGCAUGGAGGUCAACAACAUGAUCAUAGACGCAUGGAACAUGGUACACAGCGAUGCUAUCCCAUCGCAGAAGGCACAGGCCAUGGACUUUAUCAAGGACAUGUCGCGCGGCGCGGCCGUGAAACUCAAGGAACACGCAGCUCUCCACGAAUCGCGGCUGCAAGCUGAGGUGAGGGCAGAAGAACAGGCAGAGGCAUAUAAUGCCCAGGCGGAGGCGUACAAUGCUCAGCUAGAGGCUCAUGCGGAGCAAGUAGCCGAGCACCCGUACCAAAGGCACUUCACCCCGGCACAUCACACGACAGAGGCCGAGCACAUUCGAGCAGAGGCCGAAGCAGAACGGACAGCAGCGCACACCUCCGUUCCCACUUCCACAUACGCAAUCCACGACCUCUCUCAGCUCCCCGCAUACGUGCAGUCACAACUCCCGCAUCUCUGGACGUGCACCGACAUCAUGAACCUGCAGGCGCCUCCAACAGACCCGGUUCAGAUGACGAGGUAUCAACAAGCACAGCAAUAUAUAGCGGACUUUAAAUCGUCCAUCCCGCCAAAGGGUCUGCCCUGGGUUGGUCUCGUUGUCGAUGGAAUGAUACGACUUCACAAAGCGGGCAGCAACCCGAUGGCGGUGCUACAUACUAUGCCCAGUGUGUAG